UUGAUGAGCUAGUGGAUAUGGUGAAGGGGGAUGUUCAUCAGUCAAAAUCCAGCUAUGGCAAAUUACAAUUGACCCACCAAAAUAUCUCUGAGUUUCAAAUUUUUGCUAUGUGGGGAGUUGUUACCCAGAAAAAAUAAUGCUCAAAGCUAUACAGAUUGUCGGUUCAUCUUCUGGGUUUGUUUCCUAUAGAUUCAGAAAGCCUCAACCCAAUUCUGCCUUCUCCUUAAUUUCAAGAAAACCCAUUCUCACAACAACUGAAACUUUGUUAUUACCGGCUUCUCAACUACAUAGUCACAAGUCCUGUUUUAGAGAUUUUCGAAUGUCUUCUACUCAUUCAAAGUCAUCCUCUUCUUCAUCUGUUGCAAUCCAGUCAACUAUUCUGCAGGGAAACAUUCGCAAGAUCAACUUCUGCCAGUUUUGUGGGGGCCCAAAUAAGCAUGAGAUACCUGAUGGUGAAGAAAAGGUGAGAGCUAUCUGCACUCGUUGUGGGAAGAUUACCUAUGAGAAUCCAAAAAUGGUUGUUGGUUGCCUUAUUGAGCAUGAUAAGAAGAUAUUAAUGUGCAGGCGGAAAAUUCACCCAUCAUAUGGACUUUGGACGCUCCCAGCUGGCUAUAUGGAGAUUGGUGAAUCUGCUGCUGAGGGAGCAAUUAGGGAAACCUGGGAAGAGGCAAAUGCAGAAGUAGAGGUUCAAUCACUUUUUGCUCAAUUGGACAUCCCUCUUAUAGGCCAAACGUACAUGAUUUUUUUGGCGAAACUGAAAAAUCCCCACUUUUCACCGGGUCCAGAAUCAUCAGAAUGUCAGCUUUUUGAACUUGAUGAUAUUCCUUAUGAUUCUUUAGCAUUUUCAUCAAUGCUAGUAACCUUGAAUCUGUACAUAGAAGAUAUUAAAGUUGGAAGACCGAAGUUUCAUUAUGGCGUCAUUAACAAGAGGCCUGGAACAAGCCCUUCUGAAAUCCAUGCUUACACACUGGAUUUUCAUAUGCAAUCCUGAGAAGCAGAUACAUUAUUUUCAGGCACCAGAACGCGGUUGGUAUGUUCAUCAAGAUAGAAAGAGCUCCGGUGUUUUCAUCAAAGCUUUAGUUGUGUACUUGUGGUGAUAGUUCCAUUCUUUCUAAUCAAUCAUCUAGUAGUAAAAGUCUUCCUGAUUUGAGUUGUUCAAAAUUGACUUAUGAUGGGUGCAGACUGAAGCUUAAAAGAUGGGACACAUCCACAUUGAAUUCAUUAUAAAAUUUACAUCAAUUGUGGCAACUGAUACAAGAAUUAAUAAGCAAUGAAACACAUAAUAUAUCCAA